AUGAGAUCGAUUUCACCAAAUGCAUAUUAACAAAACAAAAAUUCUUAUUCAUCUGAACCUCUAUAAUAGAAACCAGCUUUGAACACAAUUGUGCAUCAAGCAGUUCCUGUUCCUGUCAAUGAAUUGAUUAUUCAUGCUAACAAGAUCAGAUAAAAUAUGUCCCCAGCUAAUGUUGCACCUAAAUCUGGCCAAACUGUUUAUAGAACUUAGUAAUCACCAAAUAAUUAAAUCCCACAAUAAACCAUUUAGCAAAUAUAAACUUUCCCAUAACAAAAAGAACUGAAAUUGCCAACUUCUGCUGCUGAGCACUAAGCUCCACAAUAGUAAUUCUCAGAAAUAUAUUCGGCAAAAAGUGAUGAUCGAUUUUGUAGAGAAGUUGAAGAUAGAAUAAGAGUUAUUAGAAAUGAGAGUGAUUCUUGGAGAUAAAAGUUUAUUUUAAGUGAAAAUGACAAAGUUAAAUAAUUAUAAGAUAUAGAAAACCAUUAUAAAAUGGAAAUGCAUAGUCAAUCCUAACAGUUAAAUAAAUUUUAUUAGGCUACUUUAAAUGAAUUAAAUGAUGAACUCAAACAUUUAUAAAGGGAAUUGGAUACAUCGAAUAGAGAAACUGAAAAAAUAAGGAAGAAAUGCCAUUAAUUAGAGAUGGAUUAAUUUGAAUUAAAAACAUAGAUUGUUGAUGCUAAUGCUUAGAAGGAUUAGGCAUAAAAAGAAUGGGUACGAAUGAAUAAUUUAUAUCAAAGAAUUAAAAUUGA